GUGCCACGUAGAGCUACAAGAAGAUUUUUGCCACGUAAAACUAAACAUCGAAUACUGAAAGGAGUUAUUUAUGUUCGAGCAAGUUUUCGCAAUACCAUUGUUACUGUUACAGAUACACGGGGGCAAGCGGUUUCUUGGUCUUCUGCCGGUGCUUGUGGAUUCAAAGGUACAAAAAGACGUUCACCAUUUGCUGCUCAGACUGCAGCAGCAAAUGUUGUUGAUACCUUAGUAAAUCAAGGUCUUCUGAAAGAAGCAGAAGUUAUGAUAAGUGGCCCUGGUCCGGGGAGAGAUACAGCAUUACGAGCCAUUGCUCAAAGUGGUAUACAAUUAAGUUAUGUACGUGAUGUAACUCCUAUGCCACAUAACGGAUGUAGACCUCCCAAAAGAAGACGUGUAUAA